CCUGCAGUCAAUUUCCUGUAGUCCGCAUAAUGUCCUCACAACAAAUUAAAGCGGCAAGAAUUGCCAAAGAGGUGAAACAAAUCAAUAAUGGAACGAAACAGCACGGAUUAAGCACCGAACUCAAAGACGAUACUCUAACGAUUACGUUUUCUGGACCGAAAGAUACGCUGUUUCACAGUGAAACAUUUGACUUGAAUGUCCGGUUCGAUGAUCGGUAUCCGUUUUCCCCGCCACGAAUUCAACUACUGACGAAGAUUUAUCAUCCGAACAUUGAUAAAGAUGGUAAAAUUUGUUUAAAUAUUCUCACAAUGCCACCGGAAGGAGCGUACAACCCAACGAUGACCGUGGAGUCAAUAGUGCUGAGCGUACAAUUGCUGUUAACGUCGCCGAACCCAUACGAUCCAUUGCGGGCGGAUGCUGCCUCUGACUUUCUACUCAACAAGCCAAUUUAUGAAGCCAAAGUGAAACAGCAGAUCGAAGAAAAUCGGAAGGCACGAGAAAAGAUGCACGGAUUGUGAGAGUCGUACAGAGAAAGCGUUCAUGCUUGGGGUUUUAGUUUGAAGAGAUAUGCAUCACGAAAUGAUAGACUUAAAGACGAUUGUACUGAGAAAGUGAUAAACCAAAAAUGUAACUUAAAUCAA